AUGGCCGUAGGACUCGGUGAAACCAUUACAGUGAUCAACAAGAGCGGCAAGGUGGUGAGCAGUAGCAAGCACAUCUUUGGCGUCUUCAAGGAGGCCAAGGCUGCAUACCGCGAGCGCAAGGCUGAAAUUAAAGCUGAGCGCGAUGCCGCUAUCAAGGAGAAGGAACUCUCAAAGAGCAUAAAUGCUCUGCGCAUCGAUGACGACACUCGUUCCCAGACUUCGCAUCGCUCAAAGGCAUCAAAGUCAUCCAGGCGCCCUCCUCUAGAGCGUGGCCAUACCGAUAUUCCACGAAGCAGCCGCCAUCGCUUCGAAGCUGAUCUCAACGGCCAAGACUCACACGGAAAAGAGGUUGCGAGGAGGCAUUCCGACCAGCCCCGCGCCAAAGCCGCCUACGUCGACAUGGACCUCGCAUACGGCGAUGUACCCCCACCCCUACCAGACCCGCAGAUCGAGGAGCUCGAACUGAAAGAAAAGGCUUCCAAGAUCGAAAUGCUUCUUGACGAGGCAAACGCCCUCCAGUACACGGCCACCGCCAUCAUCGAGAACUUACAGAAGAACCCAGAGGCACUAGCCGCCGUCUCGCUUACGCUAGCCGAGAUUAGCGCCCUUGUCACCAAAAUGGGACCUGGUGUUCUCAUGUCGCUCAAGGGCAGCUUUCCUGCAGUCGCUGCACUCCUCCUCAGCCCUCAGUUUAUGAUUGCUGGAGGUGUUGCCGUGGGCGUUACCAUUGUUGCCCUCGGUGGGUACAAGAUCAUCAAGAAGAUCCAAACCCAACCCCAGUACGACCCUCUUGAAGCCCCCGCGCAGCCCAUGAUUUCUCGUGCCGCUACUGCCCCCGCUGCCAUAGAAGAGCCCAGCAACGAGCUGGACGAGCUGCAGCCGCAGGAACUCAGCCGCGUUGAGAAGUGGCGCCGUGGCAUCGCUGACAUCGAGGCCGAAAGCUGCGGUACCAGCGUCGAUGGCGAGUUCAUCACCCCCGGAGUAUCGCGAGAGCUUUGUGACGCGGGUAUUCUUGAUGAAGACGACCUCAAGUCGCGCCGCAGCACCAGGUCCAAGAGGACCACCACCAGCGAAUCACGACACAAGUCACAUCGCAGCAAGUCCAAGCCCUCUGAGUCCAAGUCUGAGUCCAAACGCGCUUCAAGUAAGGUUGGCAAGGACAGCUCGAGCAAAGUUGGAAAAGACAGCUCAAGCAAGGUCGGCAAGGAUAGCGCAAGUAAAGUUGGCUCAAGUAAGAGCGGCAAGGAGAGCAGUAGGAAGAAGGAAAAGGAACCAUCCGGCUUGAAGAUGCUGUUCCGAUCCCACACGGUUGCCGCUUAG